AUGGCUGGGAGGAGUAGCGAGUGGCGUCUGCAAAGAGGGCAGUACCUGGGAGAAAUCUCAGCCCUCUGUUUUCUCCACCCACCGCCUUCUGUCUCUUGUCUUCCUUAUCUCCUCGCCGAUUAUGCAACUCGUGACUGUCUUCUUGCGAUCUUUUUUGCAACAGGAACGGGUUCACAACUUCUGCUUUAUGAUUUAGUGACAGGAGUGAUGAUAAGAUCGUUUCAAGUUUUUGAAGGAAUACGUGUUCAUGGAAUUUCUUUAGAGAAAUUUCAUCAACAAUCGUCCUCUUCUGCACUUGCCGUCAAGAUUGCUGUCUUUGGUGAAAGAAAAGUGAAAAUGUUCUGUUUACGUGUUGAAAUAGUGAACAAUUCGCAAAAUAAGCCUCAAGUAUCCAUGGUGGAUUUGAUUCUUUUGCUGUCACUGCCAAAGUUAAAUCAUUGGGUGUUGGACGUUCGCUUCUUAAAGGACUCGGUGUCUUCUUCGCAUGAGGAGAGCCAGUAUCUUGCCAUUGGGUGUAGUGAUAACUCUAGAAGUGUCUGUUGUAUUCCAUGCGGAUGUGGGGUGAUGAAGUUGAAGCUCUCCGUGUUGCAUCUGGAACUAUUUAUAAUGAGGUAG